AUGUUUCCACGCAAGUUUCUGGUUUGGUUUGCACUGGCGCUCUGUACUUGGUUUCCCGCUGCUCAUGCAUGGGAAUCUUGCGAGCGUCAUGUGGAAAUCUUACCCAAUGUGACUAUUCUCGCCACGGGAGGGACCAUCGCCAGUAAGGCUUCAUCAAGCACGCAAACAACAGACUACAGAGUUGGCGUCGGCAUUGAAGCCCUACUCAGCGCGGUCCCUGAGAUCUGCAACAUCUCAAAUGUGUCUGGAAUGCAGGUUUCUAAUGUUGACAGCGCUUCAAUCAACACUACAAUCUUGCUUGACUUGACAAGUCGUUUGACGGCGGAACUGACCAGUUCAACCGUGCAUGGUGUUGUUGUCACUCACGGAACCGAUACUCUGGAGGAGACUGCUUUCUUUUUGGAUUUGGUGCUGGAUUCGGAAAAGCCCGUGGUGAUUACAGGUGCAAUGCGACCAUCUACUGCCCUGAGUGCCGAUGGUCCGUUGAAUCUUUACCAGGCUGUUAAGUUGGCUGCCUCGAGUGUAGCAUACGGCCGAGGCGUGAUGGUUGCACUAAAUGAUCGGAUCGGCAGCGCAUACACAUCCACGAAAAACAACGCCAAUUCUCUCGAUACUUUCCACGCCACCGAGCAAGGUCAACUAGGCUUUUUCAUCAACCAAGUUCCCAAAUUCUAUGACACUUCAUCAAAGCCUCGAAACAAGACAUACUUUGAUGUAUCUCGCCAAAAGACACUCCCGCCAGUUGACAUUCUCUACGGGCAUCAAGACUCCAACUCUCAUCUUAUCCGAGCAUCGAUUGAAUCUGGAGCCAAGGGGAUCAUAUUUGCAGGCGUCGGAGCAGGUGGUUGGAGCCUUGACGGUCUGAAAUAUGCCCAAACUAUGUACAACCGGACGGGCGUUCCAAUGAUUUUCAGCCGAAGGACAAAUGACGGGUUUGCGGGAGGGGACAGCAUUUAUUCAUUCCAAAUGACUAGUGGGUUCUUGAGCCCGCAAAAGGCUCGAAUCAUGCUUCAGCUUGCACUUAGUGCGGGAUAUAAGAACGAUGAGAUUCGGGAGCUCUUUGACAGUCAGUGA